CACUCUACUCAGUGUCCGCGCAACCGUAAGCGAUCGUGCAAGUUUACAGUGAGUUUAUUACCGAGUUAACUCCAUUGUAUUACGCGGCCCAUCGUCUCGUGGAUCAUCGCGUCAGUGAAAAACCAAUGAUCGAACUGUUUUUCAAAGGAAUGUCUCCAUCAGUUCAUAUCAGUCAUUACUUUUAACUGUUUUCACUUACGCGCAAUCAAGUGUUUUAUUAUAAUUGAUACGGAUAUUUUUUAAGGAUAAAUGAUGAUAUUGAGAAAAAAAUAAGUUAUGGUACCUAAUGAAUAGCGUGCAAAAAAAAUAGUAAUUGCAGACAGUGAGUUGCAUCUCUCGAUACAAAGAUUGACUAAUUUCGAUGUGAAACAUAAAAUAAAAAGGAGUAAAUAGUAGUAGUGGGAUGAAAAACGACACGCGAGGCAAUCACGUAAGAAAGCAAUAGCCGGCUGGCGAUUCACGAUGUGAGUGGAUACGAGUGGAGAAAUAAACCGAGAAGUGAGCCAACUGCCGACCAAGUGGCUUGUCUGGAGUUCGGAGAUACGCGACUCGUAUUAAAACGUUAAUCUUUGCUCCACUACCGGUUAUAUAUACAUAUUUCUACUUGUUUUGUUUUAUCUCGUACUAACUAAAGGUGUAGUAUUUUUUGACACAGGCCCUGCCCUGAUAUUCUUCCACAACUUUAUCUUUAUUGCAUUUUCAAUGUAGUGUAUUUAUAUAUAUGGAAGACAUUACAUCUGCCAAGUGCAAUUUCGCGCCUGCAAAAAGGAUUAUUGCUUCUCUUUUUUUUUGUUUUAUUAUCAAAGGAGACUAGAUAAUCAGCAGAGAAUAUCGUAAAGAUAUCAGCAGAUUUAAGGAAGCAUCGACUGGGAAAAAAAGUUAUUGGGGAGAAAAAGAAGAUAAGGUGUCAGAGACGAUAAGGAAGGAUGCAGCCAUUGGAUUAUCCGGAAAAGAGUGUAUCGAGAUGUCGAGCUUGGCUAGAAGGAGGCAGACAAGUUUGCUCUUUGGCUCGAAACGCUGGUGGGCAACAGGAUGCUGGGCGACACGCGGCCAUCAAGAAGCUUAUUUGCGAAAGCUCUAUGGCAGAAAGAACACCGAGGCGAAUGUCAAUGCUGCCCUGGAUCUCCAAGAACCGGCAAGUUGGAUUACCUGCUCGUCCCCGUCUUCAAGACCACCCUUUGAUAAUCAUGACAAGCCAGGAUGUUACCUCGAAGACAUUAUAAGAGGCAAUGGAGUGGCAGGAGGCGAAGACUGUGCUGGUGCGAGUGAGGAAGUUGCUGGAGCUUCGUUGCUGGCCAGCCCGCGAGCCAGUCCCACAGAAAAAUGCGUUCAAUUUCUUACCGGUGCGCGUGUCUGCGUUCCGCACGAUUACUUAAGCGAUUCGGUCAAUCAUCAGCUACGGCAGAAUCCAAGACUCUCAAGGUGUACUGAAUUCAACGAAUAUAAUAUUGAUGGCGUUGUUAACUCCGGCUAUCAGGAUGAGAAGGUGUGCAGAAGUUGCAGAUGUCCGCGAGAGGACCAUCACCGAACGAGUGUCAAGACAGCGGACUCAUCGAUGGCAAUGGCAAUGGCAUUUCAAAGCAGCAGUACGUCAUCUCCCAGCGGCGGUACUAUUCCUCCUCAUCAAGAGCCGUUUAAGAGUCCGAUUGAAGCAGCACCUGUACUUCAAGACCCUCUUAUUCAUCACCAUCAAAGACUUUCUCAGAGCGACGAUGAUAGCGGCUGCGCACUCGAAGAAUACACAUGGGUACCACCAGGCCUCAGACCCGACCAGGUUCAUCUAUACUUUAGUUCACUACCUGAGGAAAAGAUUCCUUACGUUGGUAGUGCGGGGGAAAGAGAACGAGUGAAGCAGCUGCUACAACAGUUGCCGCCUCAUGACAACGAGGCGAGGUACUGCAGUGGUCUUAGCGAAGAGGAAAAACGAGAGCUUCGCGUGUUUGCUGCUCAAAGGAAACGUGAAGCUCUUGGUCGAGGACAUGCGAGUCAAGUAGAACGACCUCACGGUAACGAUUGUCGUGAAUGCGGCAGGCCAAUAACCGCAGGAGAAAUGGCGAUAGGUGCCAGCAGAGCUGGACCCACGGCACUUUGGCACCCAGCAUGUUUUAUUUGCUGUAUUUGCAAGCAGCUCUUGGUUGAUCUCAUUUACUUCUGGCGUGAAGGCAGACUUUACUGUGGAAGACAUCACGCAGAAACUUUAAAACCAAGAUGCUGUGCUUGUGAUGAAAUUAUUCUAGCAGAUGAAUGUACUGAGGCUGAAGGCAGAGCUUGGCAUAUGAGGCACUUUGCGUGUCUCGAAUGUGAUCGACAGCUCGGCGGUCAACGUUAUGUUAUGCGUGAAGGUCGGCCCUACUGUCUUCACUGUUUUGACGCCUCUUUUGCCGAGUAUUGUGACAGCUGUGGUGAGCCGAUCGGUGUAGAUCAGGGUCAGAUGUCACAUGAAGGCCAACACUGGCACGCUACUGAAGCCUGCUUUUGUUGCGCUACUUGCCGAACUUCGCUUCUCGGUCGACCUUUUUUACCACGAAGAGGCGCAAUUUAUUGCAGUAUUGCCUGUAGCAAAGGUGAGCCACCGACGACACCCAGUGAUUCGUCUGCUGGGCCUCCACUUGCGCCACCGCCGCCCUCUUCAUUUCCAAAACAAAACAGGAAACCGCCGCCUCCAACACCAAGUGAAGGAUCUUCUAGCCCGCCAUUAUCAACUACAAGGCAUCACACUAUUGCAUAUACUUCCGGUUCGGCUAGAAAUUCUCCUAGAGUUUCAAGAAAACACUACCAAGGCUCUACAUCACUUGCAACAACUCCUACACAAAUUUCUUGCCUAGAUUUCCCAUGUGAAAGCCUACCAAAUGCUGGAUCACGAUCUGGCGGCUUGGAUCGAGUAAUUUUAGAACGCAAUCUCGAGAGGCUUUUGCAGGAGCGCAAUACACAUACGGAAGAAACGAACCCAAGUGAACUUGGAAGGCUAAUGCAGGCAAGAGAUCGUGAACCUCUACGCUGUGUACAAAACUCAACGCCGACUCAUGCAUCGAGUAUGCCAGAGUUACCUCCACCCCCUCAUUUACUACCACAUUCGACGACAGUAUCACCGCAAACGCCUCCGCCUCCGUCGCCACCGCCUCUCCCUCAUUUAAUACCAAACGUACCGACUGACACGACGGACCUCUGUGGUAAUCCAGCUCCAAUAACAGAUCCACCUACGCCAACAUCCAGGCGAGUUAGAUUUGAAGGAGACGAAGCGCAAGGAACUUCAUCUACGAUGCCACUGGCGAGUGCCUGCUCAUCUUCGCCGUCCAAACCCAAUGUUCCGCGGUCGCGGAGUUUGCAGCCUGAACAAGUAGCCAGCACAUCUUGGGAAAAUGUUGGCCGAAUUACAAGACAUGAUGAUGAAGAAAGUUGUUGUUCGACAUGUAGCUCAUCUAGUAGUUCUGACGAAGCAACGGCGUACGCAUUGCCACCUAGAAGAGCCUAUGGGGGUGUUAGAAUAUCUUACGUACCCAAUGAUGCAGUUGCAUGUGCAAAGAGACGCGGCCAAACUCUGUCACAAUCUCAAAAGGAAGCUGACAAAUGUAUUUUAUCCUGAUUACUGUUAAUUUUAUUAUUAUAUUUUAUUAAAAUUAAUAAUAAUGAUCAAAUUAAUUGUUUACUAUUUGAAUAUAAAUACAGUCGAAUUCCAUUGACUCGGACAGUUAGUCUCAGGCAUCUUAUUUUACAUCCCUGCAACUUUUGAAUAGGAGGUUUUGAAAAAAAAAUGGUCGAUUUUUUUGAAUCAGUCUAAUGCGCACACAGAAAAAAAUUAUCGACUGAGUACUUAUUUUUGAUUCAAGAAAAUUUUUUGAAAACCUCACCUGAUAGCCACCUUAACCACAAGUUAAUUUCAAGAUACUGCUGUAUUCUGAAGGCAAUUUAAAGGAAAGUAUUGGAGAACAAGCAGUUACCUUUAAGUCGACAGUAAAUUGUCUGUAACUUGAAUUCAAAAUUUGGCUACAAGUGUUACUGUCAGAGAAUGACGUCAAGUUGGUUGAAAGUUUCACUUCAAAUUGACGGCAAGUUCUUCUGUCAAAUUACAUUCAGAUGACGGCAGUAGAUUUGUAUCAACUUGCAAGCAAGUAUGAUCCAGCCGAGGCUUGCCAGAAACUUGUCGUUAAGUUAGCCGUAGAUGUUUCACAGCAGAACUUGCUGAGCAAUUAUCUUUAAAGUGUCGCUAUCAGAGUCGAUUUUCUCGGAUAAAGUAGAAAUCUCUUCUGAUCAAAACGAAUUUUCUUCAAUCGAAAGAAAUUUUCUUGGCUCAAGAAAUCUUGACUUUGCUCUCGAAAACGUUUGUCGUCCAAAACAUUUUCUUGACUCAAGAUAACUUUUUUUUCUUCAUAUAUAUAUGUACACAGACACAUACAAUUGUAUAGGAUCGGGUGGGAGUCAGCGUAGCGCGUGUGGGGGUCAAGAUUGAGGGAAAAUUCCGAGUUAAUGGAAUCCGACUUAAUGGACUUCGACUGUACAUAAAAAAAAAAUUAUUUAAUUGAUUAUUGCAUAUCAUUAAAAAUAAUUAUGUAAUUGUAUUAUUUGCUUUUCAUAAGCUUUUGUAUAUAAAUAUAGCAUUUUAUUUCUUCUAUACUUUUAAUAUUAAGAAGAUAAUUUUAAAUAGUUUAUUUUAGUGUUAAAAUCAUAUUGAUUUUUUUGUAAAUAUAAAUGGUGAAUACAUUUACAUUAAUAAUGUAUUAAAAAAAAUUUCCUACUACUUAUAUAUCAAUAGAUUUUUUUAUUUAUUUUAUUACCUAAUUUGCUA